AUGCAUUCACAUUUGUUUUCUCCACUAGCUCCAACACCACUGCUUGUGAUCUUGUGCUCCCUUUCUUAAUUUCUCUUCCCACUUCACUUUUUUCCAUAACCUCUUCACUCUUUCUCAUGAGUAUUUUCCUUCGGUCUAACUUGCACACUCGCCUGUAACUUUCUUUCUUCGUAACUAUACUUCUCACUCGCCUGAUUCUAUAUAUAUAUAUAGAAUAUAUUUCCUCUAUAAUCAUCCCUUGUUUCUUUAUUUGAGCUGCUACUGCUUGUUUCCAUAAUUAAGUGAAAAUCAAUUUCAAGAACAUGUCUAGCCGAAGGUCACGAUCGAGGCAAUCAAGUAGUUCAAGAAUCAGUGAUGAUCAGAUCCUUGAUCUUGUUACAAAGUUGCAACAGCUUCUUCCUGAGAUUCGUAACAGGCGUUCUGACAAGGUUUCGGCUGCCAAGAUCUUGCAGGAGACAUGCAACUAUAUUAAAAGCUUGCAUAGAGAGGUUGAUGAUCUUAGCGAGCGGCUGUCUGAGCUAUUGGAAACAACUGACACAGCCCAAGCUGCAAUAAUCAGGAACUUACUUAUGCAAUAGAGCUGAUUAAGGAUUAAUACUACUUGCUUGGCUUAUGCAGUAGGAUCAUGUUUCCUCUCUCUUCCUUUGUUCUUCUCUCUAUCUUAGAUUUUAAUUUCUAGAUUUUAGCACCAGAGUUAAUCCGUAGUAGUGCUGUUUUAGAGAUUAGAAAAACCUUCUGCAAGGCUAUGUCAAGGAAUAUAAUAAAGUUAAUAAUAAUAAAAAAAAACUCCUAUCGUUUAUAUUUGA